GGGCGCGGGGCCGGGCAGCAUCGUGGGCGGCGUCGCGGGACUCACCUCCCGCUGCAGCUCCUCCGGACUCUUCGGCCCGGCCGGGCCGGAGGAGGCAGGGAUGAACUCCGAGCCGCGGGGACUGCCGGGAGCCCAUUCCCUGGGAAACGGGGCCGGCACCGACGAGCGGCAGCGGCUCCGCCGGCGGCUAGAGCGGCAUAGCCUCAGGAGGCCGUGGGCGGGACGGAAGUGACGUAGACGGACUUCCGGUGUGCGUGGGCGGGGCUCCGGGUCUCUUUCCUGGGAUCUCUGCGGCCGGCAUGGAAGCAAAGACUCUUGGAAGUGCAACGCCCAGAAAACCUGUCUUGUCUGUCAGUGCAAGGAAAAUUAAGGACAAUGCAGCCGAUUGGCAUAAUUUAAUCCUGAAAUGGGAAGCCCUCAAUGAUGGAGGUUUUGCUACUGCAAAUAAUAUUGCCAACCUGAAAAUCAGUUUAUUGAGCAAAGACACGGUAGGAUUAGAGAGCAGCAGCCUGGCUUCUGAUGAAAAUGCAGAAAAGGAGCACCCAGAGUACAGCAGGGAGCUCGAGAUGCUGUGCGAGGGGCUGCAGACCACCCUGGAUGCUUUGACCAAAAUACAGUUGAAAAUGGAAAAGCUGUCUUCCACUACCAAGGGGAUUUGUGAACUAGAAGAUUUCCAUUACAGGGAGGAGAGAAGACGCCCCCCCCUGUUCCACACGUGGCCCACAGCCUAUUUUUACGAGGUCUCCCGCAAGCUCUCCGACAUGUACGGCCGGGAGCUCCGCCUGAAGCGCACCGUCGUGGAGCAGCUGGCGCACACGGCCGACCGUGACCUGGCCCUGAGCUACCUGUCCAUGUGGCUGCACCAGCCGUACCUGGAGGGCGACAGCAGGCUGCUUCUGGAAAGCCUGCUGCUUGAAACCGGGCACCGAGCGCUGUGACCUCCCAACGCGGCUCCUCCAGGCUGCUCCCACGGCGGACGGUCUUUCGGGUGGGCCCUGUGUCGCACCCCGGGGUCACACCCUGUGCUCUGGCACAGCCACCCACUGACCUUAGGAUCUUCCAGACCUGAUCAUUUCACCAGCUCUGCGGUUAUCACUGCUGCCUGCCAUCCACCACUCAGCGUCAUCGGCACCUAUUGUGAAUGUGUCACUAUGAAGACUUCUGCCCGAAAUAAAUGAGUUCCUCAACGGAAUGACUAAGUGAUCUUGUUCUUGUAAAUUAGGUGUAUUUUACAUAGAUGACAUUUAUUUAGAAAAUCCCUGGUUUAAUAUGUGUGCGUACUGUUUAAACUGUGGGACCGUAUUAGUUUUAUAAUCACAACUAAUCUUUCAAGUACCGUAGAGUCACUGAGCAAAGACCAGCGUCAUGGAAAUGAAAGCUGCCUACCAAACAAGGACCCCUGUUUUUGUACGGAGGCUGUGACAGGCCAAGUGAAGUGUCUUCCCUGUCAUUCUCUGGGCAUAAGUCCUGUAGUUUGGCAAUAUUUGCAACCAGAUAUCCGGAGUCAGUCCUGCCCUUGCUCCCCAGAAACAGAAAUCUAAGAAACUUCAUGCUGUGUGAUACAGGAUGUAGCCUCAUGACAAUGAGCUUCUAGCGUCCUAGGCAAAGAAAGAAAAUAUUCCCAAAAGAAAAGACUUUAUAUAUCAUGGGAAUGUAUUUUGAGCGAAAGGAUAUCUCACUGUGUAAGUUGGCAUAGCCAAAGCAUUUAAAGGCAACGUGUCUUAGAAUUUCUCUUUCCU